GCCCACCGCCCGCCUGCCGAGCAGCCGGGCUGGCGCGCUCGGUUUCUCCGCGAAAGCCGGCCGUGUACCUAGGAAUUAACCGGCCGGCGCAGGAGGGGAGGGGAGCGGGAAGCGGGGUGGGGGGGGAUGCUGAGCGCGCGCGAGAACAAUAAUAAGAUCGUGUUUGCGGUCGCUGCCCGAGGAGGAAUUCGGAGCAGACGCGAGGCCCGGCGCUCGCGCUGCGCCCGGGAGCCCGGUAGGGAGGCCGGCGGCGGCGGCAUGAGGCAGGCGACGCGGCGCUGGUAAGCAGCGCGCGCGGCGGCGGCGGCGGGGACCUUGGCGCGGCCGGACGCGGGCGAGCGCCGAACGGCCGGGGGCUCCCCUCCCCCGCUGCCGGGCCGUGAUUUGCCGGGCCUGCUGCGCCCCCCGCCCACCCCUUGCCUCAGCCGCCGCCUCGCUGCUUCCCCUCGUCGGAGCGGCCGCUCGUCCGCCCGGCUUGAGGCCCGCGGGGAGUGCGGCGCAGUCCGUCGGCCCGCGGGGGGGCGGCCUCCCGGCAUCUUCGCGGCAACCAAGGACUACCAGGAAGGGGAGCGGCUGGGAUGGCGCGUCCGCGGCCCCGCGAGUACAAAGCGGGCGACCUGGUCUUCGCCAAGAUGAAGGGCUACCCGCACUGGCCGGCCCGGAUUGAUGAACUCCCAGAGGGAGCUGUGAAGCCUCCAGCAAACAAGUAUCCUAUCUUCUUUUUUGGCACCCAUGAAACUGCAUUUCUAGGUCCCAAAGACCUUUUUCCAUAUAAGGAGUACAAAGACAAGUUUGGAAAGUCAAACAAACGGAAAGGAUUUAAUGAAGGAUUGUGGGAAAUAGAAAAUAACCCAGGAGUAAAGUUUACUGGAUACCAGGCAAUUCAGCAACAGAGCUCUUCAGAAACUGAGGGAGAAGGUGGAAAUACUGCAGAUGCAAGCAGUGAGGAAGAAGGUGAUAGAGUAGAAGAAGAUGGAAAAGGCAAAAGAAAGAAUGAAAAAGCAGGCUCAAAACGGAAAAAGUCAUAUACUUCAAAGAAAUCCUCUAAACAGUCCCGGAAAUCUCCAGGAGAUGAAGAUGACAAAGACUGCAAAGAAGAGGAAAACAAAAGCAGCUCUGAGGGUGGAGAUGCGGGCAAUGACACAAGAAACACAACUUCAGACUUGCAGAAAACGAGUGAAGGGACCUAACUACCAUAAUGAAUGCUGCAUAUUAAGAGAAACCACAAGAAGGUUAUAUGUUUGGUUGUCUAAUAUUCUUGGAUUUGAUAUGAACCAACACAUAGUCCUUGUUGUCAUUGACAGAACCCCAGUUUGUAUGUACAUUAUUCAUAUUCCUCUCUGUUGUGUUUUGGGGGGAAAAGACAUUUUAGCCUUUUUUAAAAGUUACUGAUUUAAUUUCAUGUUAUUUGGUUGCAUGAGGUUGCCCUUAACCACUAAGGAUUAUCAAGAUUUUUGCGCAGACUUAUACAUGUCUAGGAUCCUUUUAUCAAGGCAGUUAUGAUCAUCAUUUUCCUGCCUUGACCCCACCAUCACCAAACACUCAGUUAAAUAUAAAUUAACAUUUUUUAGAUGACCACUCAACAUAAUGCUUAAGAAUGGAAUUUCCUCUCUUUGACAGACCCAGGAAUUAAUUCCUAAAUACAUAAUGUUGGUAUAUUGAAGACGAAAUUAAAAUUGUCCUUCAGUUUUGAGGCCAUGUGUAAAGUUUAACCAUAUUGUAAAAUAUCUAUUCCGUAUUAGAAAUAGCUAGUUGACAGCUUAUACUUCUCAAAAUUCAUAUUGUUAUGUACACAAACUAAGUUUCUAUAUGUGAAGUUAGUGAGUCUUUUUGUGUUACUCCAAAAUAAAGGCAAUGAUUUAUUUUUUCCCAGUGCCAAUACAAUUUUGAGCUAAGCACUCAAGGUGGAUACUUCACAUUUUAAAGCUGGAAUCAGCAACAGCCCUAUGGGAAACCAGACAAAACAUUGACUUUUAAAUGUAGACUUUUAAAAUAAACUGUUUUCUUUUGGAACUACAAUUAGAAUAGUUAAUAUUCAUCCAUAAACCAUUAUUAUGUGUACAUUAUUGUUGCUAUUGUGAUAAUAGAGAAUUUUAUUUAUUUUUAUGCCAGCUUAUAUUGUGAGAACACAUUUAGUCAGUUUGGGUUUUAUCAAUCCUGUUAAUGCUUGUCCUUGGAACAUCUUUCGCGUAUUCAAGGUUUGUAGUUGAAAAGUUUACUGUAAAAAAAUCAAAAACAAAAAAAUGUAUUGUUUUUACAGAAUAAAUUUAUUGGAAUGUGUACUGGGAGUAAGAUUUGAGGUUGUAAGCAAACUAAGUUAGUGUAAUUUGGCUUCAUAUAUGUAAUGUGAGGUAUUAAUGUAAUUCAUAUAUUAAAGCAAAAAUUGUUCACAGCAAGCUGACAAUAGAAUCAAGUGCAGGUGAGGGUUUUUCUUUCUUUUUUUUUUUAAACACUCGCUGGGUUUUAGAUUAUUUGAAAACACUGUAGGGGAUGAAGGGGAGAUGACUACAUGAUUUGCUUACACAUGCAUAUUUACCAGCCCUGUGGACCCUAGAUUUUGUAACUUGAUAUUAUCCAUGCAUUGAUUUGUAUCCCAUUUUCUUUUGGUUUUCUUUGUGAGAGCUAAUAAAAACAUGAGAAAAUGUGAGCAGACCUAAAAGCCUAGGGCCAUUAAUGAUGAUGAUGAUGAUGAUGAUGGCAGCUAAGGGUAUGAAAGCACCAGUCCAUUGAUCAUUCCAGGGCACAGUGAGGAGGUGGCUGUUUGUAUUUUUGGUGUGUUUCUUUCAUUUAGUAAAUACUGAUUUUCUCUAGUAUAUUCAACAUACAAUCCCAAACAUGGAAAGUUCAUAAAAAGAUAGUAGGGAUGUCAAUCUAAUACUUUUUCUUUAAAAGAUACUUUUUAAUUUUGAAUAUUUGAAUGUAUUUUUAAAUUAAUGAAAUUUAAUUCAUCAAAAGGCCUCUUCAUUGCUCACACUGAAACAUAAGGGGAAUGUAGAUGACGUUUUGAAUUGGAAUAUACAACUCACAAAUUUUGUUUAAAAGCAAUUUUAUGUGUAUAUAUGAAAUGUUUCAAAUUUAAUAAGAUUUGUCUUCAUAAGAGGCCAAAAAUAAUUUUAUUAAAAAUAUACACAGAAAUACAAUAGAAAUAUUUUCAGCCACCACUAAAACAAGUGUUCAUUAAGGGUAGAGAUAGUUAUUGAUCCCUAUUUAGCUAUUUAAAUUCACACAAAAAAUUUUAGUAAGAGUAAUUUUCUUAAAACAGCAGCAAAUAAUGAACUUUCCUUGGGAAAACAUUUUUCAAACAACAUUUACAAAUAUUCUGAUGAUUUGCCUUUUAUAUUGAAGUUAAUAAUGAAGCAUAUUCAUCUUAUUUGCAAAAGUUAUUUCUCCAGUCUGCAUUCACUGUUUUGAAUUUUUUAAUAUGCACAGGCCAUAUUCUCUAUAUUCUCUUUUGAAUAAUUUCAUGCUCACUACUGUUGACACUAAAUUGUAAUUUUUUACACUUACAAUUAUUUCAUAUGUCAAACAGAAUAUUGAGAUGGACGAUCAAGUUUAUUCACAAAUGAUUUUGAAUAUAUUUCUUUAAACAGACUUUCUCAAGAAUUUCCAUUUUGCUUCAAAAAUUUACACAGUACCAUAUAGCUCACACAUACAGUGCAGAGCAAGAAUGUACAUAUUCUUAAGUAUUCAUGUAUGAGAAGAGAAUGAAAUGGGACAUAAUAUCAGUACCAGUAUAACAAAAGUUAGUAAUUUAGAAAGGAACAUGAAGUAAUAUUUUUAUUCCACUUUUUCUUCUGCCUUUGUUUUUAUGAAGAACUCUGGUUUGUAGAUACAACGAUAGACCAAGAGCUGAGGAAGAACUCCAUAUGCUAUGUUUAAUGCUAAAAAAAGGAUUUUUGCUUCUUCGGGGACUCUGUAGACAUAAGCAGUUCUAGCAUGAAGAGAAGCACCAAUGUGAGAAAACUGAGCCUGUUGCAUAAAAAAAAAAAAAUGGGGUAAGCAUGAAACAUGUUCAGUUGGAUGCACGAUGAGUUCUGAAUGGUUCAUUCAGGCUACGUUUCUGUGCCCUCAAAACCAGUCUCACCUGCAGGCAAAAUACCUUCAAACAAUCCAGAGUCUUUAAUGUGAGAGUCUUUCAUUAAAUUUAGUCUUUGAUUAAAUUUAGGGCCAUUCUUGAUAUGACUGUUCAAAUAAAGUAGAUAUUAUUUCGUGUAGUUUUAUCAUGCCAGUUGUGUUUUUAACCAUCAAGUGCCCUUUACCAAACAUUAGUGGCUCAAUCUAAUAGAAAAAUCUGAAUAAAAUCUCAAUUUUUUUUCUGAUUUGCAUUCUGGAGAUCCUACAUAGAGACUCAGUUGUGGUUCACAAAUUGAGUUCCAAUAAAAAUGAGGAAAGUGCA